CGAGGAGGGGGCGGGGGAGAGAUGGUUACAAGAUGGCGGCGCUGAAGGAGGCUCGGAGCUACGGGCUGUCGUGCGGGCGCGUGAGCGACGGCAGCAGGGUGUCGGUGUUCCACGUGAAGCUCACCGACAGCGCCUUGAAGGCUUUCGAGAGCUACCGGGCCCACCAGGAUGCUGUGUCACUGAGACCAUCCAUCCGAUUUGAAGGAAGCCAAGGACACAUCUCCAUACCCCAGCCUGACUGCCCUGAGGAGGCACGGGCCUUCUCCUUCUACCUCUCCAACAUCGGCCGAGACGGCCCGCAGGGCAGCUUUGACUGCAUCCAGCAGUAUGUCUCCAGCCAUGGGGAUGUACACCUGGACUGCCUGGGCAGCAUCCAGGACAAGGUCACUGUGUGCGCCACUGAUGACUCCUACCAGAAGGCCCGACAGAGCCUGGCACAGGCGGAGGAGGAGACUCGGAGCCGGAGUGCCAUCGUCAUCAAGGCUGGAGGCCGCUACGUGGGCAAAAAGGUUCAGUUCCGGAAGCCAGCACCAGGGGCAGCCGAUGCGGUGCCCUCCCGGAAGCGGGCCACGCCCAUCAACCUGGCAAGUGCCAUCAGAAAGAGCGGUGGGAGCGGAGCCAGCAGUGUGGUACAGAGGCCCUUCCGAGACCGGGUGCUGCACCUCCUGGCCCUGAGGCCCUACAGGAAGGCCGAGCUGCUGCUGCGGCUGCAGAAGGACGGGCUGACGCAGGCGGACAAGGACACCCUGGACGGCCUGCUGCAGCAGGUGGCCAGUGUAAACCCCAAAGACGGCACGUGCACUCUGAGGGACUGCAUGUACAAAGAUGUCCAGAAGGACUGGCCCGGCUACUCGGAGGGCGACCAGCAGCUGCUGAAGCGGGUGCUCAUGCGGAAGCUGUGCCAGCCGCAGAAUGCCAUCUCCGACUCCACUGCCUCCAGCCCACCCCGGGAGCACGGGCGCGCAGCCUCACCCUCUCAGAAACGGCCACAGUCCACAGACUUCAUUGACCCCCUGGCCAGCAAGAAGCCCCGGAUCUCCCACUUCACACAGCGAGCACAGCCUACCCUCAAUGGCAAACUGGGCACCCCCAAUGGCCACGAGACCAUGCUGCCCACCCUGGGGCCCACCCCCACGGACACCUUCAGUUCUAGCCAUCUGCCCCCACGGCUGGAGCCCCCACGGACCCACGACCCCCUGGCUGAUGUCAGUAAUGACCUGGGCCACAGUGCCCAGGACUACAAGCACCAGGAGGCCACCCCAGCCCCAGCCCCUCACCUCGGUCUGCCCCUGCUGACGGACUUGACCCAGCCUGAGCGACCUGCUGGCUGCUCGCACAGUCACAGCCGACCCAAGAAGAAGUCCAAGAAGCACAAGGACAGAGAGCGGCCCCCCGAGGACAGGCCCCCUGCUCCACAGCCCGACGCCCCUGACGCCCCUGCCGCCCCUGCCCUGCUCCCAGACACCCCAGGUCUGAAUGGAGCCUGUGCCAGUGUCCCCACGGCCACGUCAGAGACCCCGGACUAUUUGCUGAAAUACCCUGCCAUCUCCUCAUCGGAGCAGCGUCAGAGCUACAAGAAUGACUUCAACGCCGAAUACAACGAGUACCGGAGCCUGCACGCGCGCAUCGAGCAGAUCACGCGCAGGUUCACGCAGCUCGACGAACAGCUCAGGCAGCUGAGCCAGGGCUCCGAGGAAUAUGAGACAACCCGUGGGCAGAUUCUUCAGGAAUACCGGAAAAUCAAAAAGACCAACACCAACUACAGCCGGGAGAAGCGGCGCUGUGAGUACCUGCACCGCAAGCUGGCCCACAUCAAGCGGCUCAUCGCCGAGUACGACCAGCGGCAGCUGCAGGCCUGGCCCUAGCGCACCAGCCGCACUCGCCAGGGAGGGCUCCGCCUGCCUUUUCUAGUUUUCUAUGAACUCGGCCCUUUGGCUGCCACAGAGACCGUCUAUUUUUGUACCUUUUCUACUCCGUGCCUCCAGGGAGAGUGAGUGGGCAGCGCCAGGUCCCGCCACCUUCAGAUCCCCGCUGGCAAGGUCACCGCAGCUCCCGGCGGUGCCUGAAGCCCUCCGCGGUGGCCUCGGCAGCGUGCGGUCCUCAGCCCCACACACCUGCUCUUCAUGUCCCAUGGAGGCUGCGUUGGGCCUGCGCUGCCGGCCUCGCUCCGUCCCUCCGUCCCUCGUGGGUCCUGGGGUCCUCUCUGGCAGGGCACUGAGGGUGGUGCCUUGCUCGCCUUCUCCAGGGCGCAGGCCUGUGGCCCCCAAUUGCUGCUUUCUUACUGUGCCUCGUCUUCUCAUACCCCAAAUCCUAGGGGCCAUUGGUGUGUGUGUGUGUGCGCGUGAGUGCGUGCGUGUGUGUGUGUGUGUGUGUGUGUGUGUGUGUGUGUGUGUGUGUACACGCGUGGGUUCUGAGCUGUGCACAUUCGGAAGGACGCUAUGGUGGGCAUGUGCUGGGGGCUGCAGGGUCCCUGCGCCCACAGCUGCAGAACAGGGAGAGCAGGAACUCAAAACACAGAUGUCUAUUUUUCUAAACCUUGGGGCUGUCAGGAGGCACCUGCCUGGUCCAGUCCUACCCUGCUCAGCUCUCUGCUUUUCCUUGGGACCCCUGGGGUCCUCAGACCCUAUGGGAAACCACCCCUUCAUGUUUGAUCAGCUGUUGGUUUCUAAACGGGGCAGGGCUAGAUUCCCUGCACAGUGCAUGGCCCACGCUGCACUGCGGGGCGGGCGGGCACCCCUCCUGCCCUGGGAACUCCACCCAGGGACUCUCAGUUGAGUUGGUCUGUUUUGUUCUGUUGUCUUGAGAUUUGGGGAGGGGAGGGCAGGGCCAGGCUCUAGGGCUGCGGGUGCUGGCAGGCUCGAGACGGUCUAACUUAUUGGUGGUCUCCGCCUUCGGACUGACUGUACAGUGGAGUCUACUUUGAGCCAUGGAGUUGGUGUUUACAGUCUUCACUUUUGCCAAAACGUUACAGUUGACAGGAGAGGCGGCGCCUCCUGGGGACCCUUUCUCAGAACCUGUCUUUUGUACACUAAGCAGGUGAACCGCCGACUUUUAAAGUCUAUAAUAAAUUUGAUGGAAUCGAA